GGUGGAGAACGAACUUGUGGUGUACAUGAGCUGAUCUGCAUUAGGAAAGUAUCUCCUGAAGCAAUUGGAUUCCUGUCUGCAGUUGGGGUGUUCAUUAUUCUCAUGUUGCUACUUUUCCUAUAUAUUAAUAAGAAGAUGUGUUUUGAAAACGUUAGUGGUUUCCCAGAUCUCGAUUCAGGAUACACUACAAGAAAGAAUUCACAAGAUAAACUUUGUUAGGAUAAAAAAAAAAAAUUCCAACUCACACAGUUGUCUGGUUUUUGAAAAUAAUGAAUUUUUUUAUGGCUAGUUGGUGCUGCAGUUGAUGAAAGACUAUGGUUUUGCUGGUUGAUUGUGGCCUCAUUUCAAAGUAUUUACUUAGCUGUUUUCUCAUUAUUUUCAAUUCACAUUGAAUGGAAAGAGGAAAGCUGCAACUUCCCCUGGUAAAUAUAUUGAUUUUUGAGAUAGCAAAAACAAAUAGCUCUGAAAUUGAACUUGGAGAAACAGAGAUGAUCUGUUUGUGAAGCAGAGGACCUUUCAUUAUUAAAAAUUGUUGCUGAAUAGGCUGGACAAAUGGCGUUUUUCAAAAACCUUCACCAAAAUCUGAGCCUCCCCUCUGUGUCUUCCCUGGUGGACACGCUUAGCAGUGCUGUGGAUGAUCUGGCAAGUGUUGUUGGAGAGGUCAGCUACACUGUAGCUGACUCAGUAACAGAACAAGUAACCAGCAUGAUAAAUGGCCUUCGUGCAGAAGAUGAGAGCUCCAAAAUGCAGAACGAUAAACUUGUGGAGGGGAGACGGGAACAUACACCACCAUUAACUCAUUCUCAGGAAAUUAGCAUGGAAGUGAAGAGAGGUGUUGCAGAACACAAAGAGACUCAUUAUUCUAAUUCAUUAGAUUUUGUAAAAAAAGGUACAAGUCAAGUUGGAGUAUCUGACCAUGUCUUGGACAAAAACCAGAGCCAGUUGAAAGGCACAGAUAAUGAUAAUCCAUCCAGUUAUACAGAAGUACCUCAGGUUUUGAAGUCUGUAGGAGGACCUUUUAAAAGGGAAGCAGUAGGGGGAAAUGAGUGUAUUGUAAAUGAUAAGUUCUUGAAGGAUAGUCACCUGAAAAGUAAUAAAUUUACCACGGAGCAAUCUAUUGAGGAGCAAGAUAAUUGUCUAUAUGCAGUAUCAGAUAAUUCUAAGAAUCACUUGCGUAGAAAAAUCAAACCACGGUCACCUGGAGUUGAUUUUAAGGAUUCUGAUCAAGUGCAUAGCAUGAAUGUUCCCCAAGAUUUAGAAACAAAACUUGUUGAAGUACAGAAGCAAAAAUUAUCAGGCUCCAGCUUGAAGAAGAUGCACAAUGAUCCCAAUUGCCUUAAUGAAAUCGAAGAAAAGAAAUCAGAAGCCCUUUUUGAUAGAAAAGGAAAAUUCACCUCAAAGGAUGAAGACAUGUCAACUACAAUUGCAAAUGAUGGUAAAAAGAAAAACUCAAAGAAAUUAGAGAGAGAGCUAUGUAAUAAGAAGACAGCAGGAAAAGCAAACUGCAUACAGAGGAUGAGAAGAACACCUCCGCUAGAUGAACUGCAGCCGCCUCCAUACCAGGAUGACAGCGGUUCUCCUCAUCUUUCCUGCACGCCUUCUGAAGUUGGAGACAGUAAAUGUGAAUAUUCCCAGUGUAGCAACAGUCCAAGAUGUUCAUAUAAGUGCCCAAGUGAGGGAAGCACGGGGCACGAAAUAGAAAGCUUUCAUAACAAGGGAUAUGAAGAGGAUGUGCCAAGUGAUAGCACAGCGGUUCUUAGUCCAGAGGAUAUGUCAGCUCGAGGAUCAUCUUCACAGCUUCCUAAACCUUUUGAUCCUGAGCCAGUAGCUAAAUAUGGCACACUGGAUGUGACUUUUGACUAUGACUCACAGGAACAGAAGCUUUUGGUGACAGUGACAGCUGUCACAGACAUUCCCACAUACAGCAGGACAGGUGGAAGCUCGUGGCAAGUACACCUAGUUCUUCUCCCUAUAAAGAAGCAGAGAGCAAAAACCAGCAUCCAGCGGGGACCAUGCCCUGUCUUCACAGAGACAUUCAAAUUUAAUCACGUUGAGUCUGAGAUGAUUGGGAAUUAUGCAGUUCGCUUUAGACUGUACAGCGUGCGUCGCAUGAAAAAAGAGAGGAUUGUGGGAGAAAAGAUUUUUUACUUAACAAAAUUGAAUCUUCAAGGGAAGAUGUCAGUGCCAGUGAUACUGGAACCUUCUUACAGUCUGUCUGGCUGUGACUCUCAAAUGAGCAUGUCAGAAGUGUCCUGCAGUGAAAGUACCUCCUCUUGUCAGUCUCUGGUACAUGGCUCAGCUCCAGAAAUCCUCAUUGGCCUCCUUUAUAAUGCUACAACUGGAAGAUUAUCAGCAGAAGUGAUAAAAGGCAGCCACUUCAAAAACUUGGCAGCGAACAGACCACCCAAUACAUAUGUUAAGUUAACACUGCUGAACUCGAUGGGGCAAGAGAUGUCCAAAUGCAAAACCUCCAUCCGGCGAGGACAGCCCAAUCCAGUGUACAAAGAAACCUUCGUUUUCCAGGUGGCUCUGUUUCAGCUGUCAGACGUGACACUCAUACUGUCUGUAUAUAAUAAGCGCAGCAUGAAACGAAAAGAGAUGAUAGGGUGGAUUUCCUUAGGUCUCAACAGCUCAGGAGAAGACGAACUCAAUCACUGGACUGAAAUGAAAGAAUCUAAAGGACAGCAAGUGUGUAGAUGGCAUACUUUACUAGAAUCGUAAUGGAUGGUAGGAAGUGUGGUCAUGGUUUAAAGGGAGUUUGUUCUCCUGAGAAGAUGAUCAUCCCUGGUCACAAUCAACAGAUCUGUUAUGGGAGUAAAAAAAACAAAAAUUGAGGUCAACAUUCCAUCAUAAAGAAUGCACAAGAUGCAAAAUGGCCGGACUUAAUAUACAAUCUUCACUUAGUGUCAUAAACUUCCUUGGUGUCAGAGAAGCCGUACUGUACACAGAUAUAUUAGCAGUCCCUUUCCCAUCCACCUGAUGCUGUAUUUGUUUGGGUUUGUUUUGUGGUUUUCAAUUCAGAAACAUUUUGUGUAAGGUUCUUUGAAUUAAUGUAAGCUCCUCCUUGUGUACUUUUUGUAUUGCUUUAAUACUGUAGCUUCUGACCUGCCUGCAUUCAGAUUAAAGGUCAACAGUUUGCACUUUGAGAAAAAGUUAAUGGUCUGUCUAGCAAAAGCAAAAAAAAACCAGCCCACUGGUGAAAGAACACUUAGUAAUAUAGCAAAUAGAAAUAUACUGUUGUUUUACACUGAGUUUCUUUCCAGGAGCUUAGUACAAGUAAGUUUUCAUUUUUUGAUAUGCAGUUGGUUUGAAAAAUACUAGCAUUUGGGCAUCAGGUGAACUUUGACAUCAAACUAAUGUUUCUUCAAUCUGUGACAGGAACAAGCUCUAUAUAUGGCAUAAAUUGGGUUUUUCCCUCUUGCCUGUACUUCUGCCUAAUCCAAAGAGACCAGAUCAUUGGUUUGGUCCCUUCCAAAACUCCUUAGACAGGUUGUACUGUAAAACUAUGUAACUUUCUGUUGAAAGCACUUCCAGUAUUCAUGUAUUCCAAUGUAGGAAGCUCAUAGAGCACGACUUUACUAAAAUAUAUUUUCAUUAAACAAAUUGAUACAAAUUUCUUUAAAAUGUCAUCGGAUCGAAGUUAGGCUGCAAGACUGUGAAGGAAGUGGCAGCAGUUGAACUGCUCUGAAUGAGUGUGAAAUACUAUGGCUUUGCUUGAAGCAGGUAUCCGUUUGAGUCUCUUCUGAGCUCUUUUAGGAACUACCAUAUGCUGUUCACUGGAACUAGAGAGCAGACAAGGAGUUUUUACAUUUCUUCUUGAAGAAGAGAACAUCAGUAAGUUAUAUUUCUAGUGAUUUUUCAGCAAUUGAAUGAAUGUGCCCAUGCAAAACAGAAGUUUGCUUUGCUUGUGUUCAGGCUGGGAAACACAGCUUUCUAAUGACACAGUUGAGAAGUCACAGUAUUACAAGAAGGUUUGCCAUCAGGUAAACAUUUGUGGCAUCCACCAAAAUUGGGGAAAUAUCAGUGCUUCUGAGAUUCCUAUUUGUCCCAAAUGCUUUAGCUGGACUCGCACUAAUUUAUUGACUGCUGAAUCUAAUUCAUAUUACUGAAAUUGUGGGUUAUUGAGUAAACAUAUUUAUUUUUAAAAAGCUUCCCAAUUCAAAUAUUCUUCUUGCCAGUAAUGAAUAA